UUCUGGGAAGCCACUGAGACGUUCAGAGCUAGGGUGGAUCUGACUGUCUGAGGCAAAAGAUAUCUGUUCCAUGAUUUCAAAAUCUUCUGGGAGCUGUAACUCCAUAUAAACCAUGGCCAGAUCUGGGCGAGCCAGCGCUCUAAAGGGGGGUGUCCAAACAGGCGUCUGAUCUCUGGAGUCUGGCUCACACGCAGGCAAGGCAUAUGAAACAGCUCAUGGUUUCUCGGACAAAAGGGCCGGAGUCUGUACUAAGCGCUCUGCACACAGUAAGCGCUCAAUAAAUACGAUUGAAUGAAUGAAUGUAGACCGGGCUCAGCGUUGAGCUGGGCAAGGUUCUCCAAGUUCUGUGAUUUGGGGGCCAUAAACACAGGGACCUCCAGAAUCCAAAGAUUGACCCUCCAAAACCAACAGUCCCCUAUCCGACAGCCUACCCCUUCCCUGAAUAGAGGCUUUUGUGCUUCAACGUCUCUUGGAGGGUUUUCGAACUCUUCCUACAAAAACAGCCGAAUGACUUCCUCUAAUUCCUCAUUAUAAACGGUGAAGAGUCUAGAUGGUUCAAAUGAUUCAUCGUUUUACAAAGAGAGGAUUAAAAAAAAUUCAUCACCCUGGAUAGAUAUCUUUUCCAACAGUAGCCUUUGGGAUAUUCGCUCUGUGGAACUAAAUAACCCUCAUGGCUUCAGACCCAGAUGGAUCAUUACAGACAGAGCAGUACUGAGAAUCCAGACAUCUGCUCUUCACAUGAAUGCACUCACCUCCUAGAGAACAGGCUGCCAUCAUGCUCUGGAAACUGGUUGAAAAUGUCAAGUACGAAGAUAUCUAUGAGAUGUUAGUCCACACCUAUUCAGCCAUGGACCGGCACGAUGGCGUCCCCAGCCACAGCUCUAGGCUGUCCCAGCUGGGCUCCGUGUCGCAGGGACCCUACUCCAGCGCUCCUCCGCUGUCUCACACCCCGUCCUCGGAUUUCCAGCCGCCCUAUUUCCCGCCCCCCUAUCAGCCUCUCCCCUACCACCAGAGCCAGGACCCGUAUUCGCAUGUCAAUGACCCGUACUCCCUGAACCCUCUACACCAACCCCAGCAGCAUCCUUGGGGCCAGAGGCAGAGGCAAGACGUGGGGUCGGAGACCAGCUCUCUCCUGCCCCAGCCGAGGGCCGCCCUGCCUCAACUGUCGGGACUUGACCCCCGGCGGGAUUACCACUCGGUCCGGAGGCCAGAUGUCCUGCUCCACUCGGCCCACCACGGGCUGGACUCCGGAAUGGGCGACAGUCUGGCCCUGCACGGCAUUGGCCACCCGGGGAUGGAAGACGUCCAGUCAGUUGAAGAUGGCAAUAACGGCGGCAUGAAUCUAUUGGACCAGUCUGUCAUUAAAAAAGUUCCGGUUCCUCCCAAGUCUGUGACUUCUCUGAUGAUGAAUAAGGACGGCUUCCUGGGAGGGAUGUCCGUGAACACGGGCGAGGUGUUCUGCUCGGUCCCUGGCCGUUUGUCCUUGCUCAGCUCCACUUCCAAGUACAAAGUGACCGUAGGGGAGGUGCAAAGGAGACUGUCCCCUCCUGAAUGCCUGAAUGCUUCCCUCCUCGGGGGAGUCCUCAGAAGAGCCAAAUCGAAAAACGGGGGGCGAUCUUUGCGAGAGAGGCUCGAGAAAAUCGGUCUGAAUUUACCCGCCGGCAGACGCAAAGCCGCAAAUGUUACUUUACUCACCAGCCUGGUGGAAGGAGAAGCCGUCCAUUUAGCUCGGGAUUUCGGGUACAUUUGUGAAACGGAAUUUCCAGCCAAAGCCGUCUCGGAGUAUCUCAAUCGGCAGCAUACCGAUCCCAGCGACCUACACUCCAGGAAGAACAUGCUUCUGGCUACCAAGCAACUUUGUAAGGAAUUCACAGAUCUGUUGGCCCAGGACAGGACCCCCAUCGGGAACAGCAGGCCUAGCCCCAUUUUGGAACCGGGCAUUCAGAGUUGCUUGACUCACUUCAGCCUCAUCACCCACGGCUUUGGGGCUCCAGCCAUCUGCGCUGCCCUCACAGCUCUGCAGAACUACCUGACAGAGGCUCUCAAAGGCAUGGACAAGGUGUUCUUGAACAACAACACCACUAACAGACAUACGUCUGGGGAAGGACCAGGUAGUAAAACUGGAGACAAGGAGGAAAAACACAGAAAAUGAAACUAAAAAAACAAAACAAAACAAAUUUUAAAUAAAAGCGAAAAAAAGAAAAAAAACAUUUUAAUUUUAGCUUUAAAAUAUUGGAUUGGCUUUGGAAGAAUUAUAUUAGGUAGAAUACACACAAACAAAAAUUAACAAAAAAAGAGAAAGAAAGAAAACUAAAAAAAUAAAUAUCAAAUCAGAGGCCCACGACGGAGCGUCACCACCGGCGCCCGGUGUUAAUUUCAAGAUACACUUGGAGACUACCGCCCGGAUUUUCCACUUCGGUUCUUUCGAUCUUAAUAGUAAUGCAAAUGAAAGAAAAAUCAUUAUUUUUUUCUUUGGAAAAUAAACUUAAGACAAAACGUAAGAAAACAAUAACUUAUUGGAAGAAAAUCGUAGAAACAUUGGUUUCAGUGCUUUGAGAUCCGGUUGGCUGAGGUGCCCGACCUAUAUUUUUUAGAAAAAUCUGUCUUUCUUUGUCUCUCUCCCUGUCUCUCUAUGUCUCUCUCUAUCUCUCCGUCUCUGUGUGUAUUUGUCUCUCUCUCUCUCUCUCUCGUUCUUUUUCUCCUAGGAAAAUCUUCGGGAAUGAAACUAUUGUAUCUGGGACUUCCCCCACACUGUUUGAACGCUCUCACACCCAAUGCCCUUCUUGCUUAAAUUGUUGGCGCCCCGAUUACUGCUCAAAUGGUCAGGAAUGGGGGCUGAGGAGGGCGGGGGGCGGGAAGGGGCGGAGGGGAUGGUCGCGACGUCCAGAGCUACUCGGGAAAACAAGGACCAAUGAGAGGCGCUAUCCCUUUGAGAAGUGUUUUUCUUCCCCAGGAAGGCCCGAAUCAGCCUACCAAGAAUCUUUUCAUUUGUUCCAAUCCUCGUGCGAUCGACCCACCCAUUCUGAGCCCUGUAGCGAAAGAGACAUAAAGAAUCAUUUGAUUAGUGCGUAUGCUUUCGGAGGGGUGUGUGCCAUCUCAUUUUCUUCUGUUUCCCAAAGCGUUGCCCGCAUGGUUUAUGAGCUUCUUCAAAGACGACUUGGGCUUUCUCCACAACCUAUAAGGGCAACCUGUCCCCCCGUGUGUGACGUGGGAGAAACCUAACGGACACGCAUUGCCCUUAAGUAUUCCAAAAGCGAUCCCUCUCUCCUGGAUUUAGACCUAUCCGCUCCUAGUCGAUCGAGAAAUAUCAGUUUAUUGACUCUUCAUGAGAAGAAACCUGGAAGGGUAACAAUGUUAAGUUUGUAUAUAUUUAUUUAUGCUUAAUUUAAUGGGAAUCUGUAAAUAUGGCGAGCAUCUAGUUUGGGGUUAUUUAUCUGUGAAUCUAUACCUCUGUGAAUGGGUGGAAAAAGCCGCUUGAUCCUAGAUAGUAUCCUAUCUGAAUUUUUCUGUUCUUUAUAGACAAGCUGUUAUGGUAUUGGGUAGAAAUUGGUUUCUUGUCCAGUGUUGAUCUGAUUUACAUGAAUAAAAGAGAUUGUUGUGUUUCGUUGUAUUUCCAUCUUCAGUUUUCUGAAUGUGGGUACUGCUUCAGUUUGCAGACAGAUUAAAGUAUAGCCAAGAAGUUUUGUUUUUUUUAAUUUCUUUUUCCCAACCGAACUGGGAUUGGGAAACACAGGAAAUGUCUUCGUUAAAAAAAAAUAAAAAAAAUAAAUCCAAUAAAUAUUGCUUCUCAGACUCGAAA